AAGUGCUUAUUCGGGCAUUUUGCAAAUGCAGUUAAUCUUUCUGCAUCUAUUAACCUUUUAAGACUGAGUUUCAGAUCCCACUAUAUUUAAGGUGGGGGGGGGGGAUCCUCCCCGCCUCUUCUGCCAUUCUCCCAGCAGUUAGUUGAAACGUAUGCCGUACCAUGCCCGGCUCCUUAUCCCUUCCCACCUCCGCUCAACCCUCCCCUGUAUAUCCUCAGUCCACCCCACCCCUGAAACCCUCUGAACCCAUCGCCUCCUCCCCUUCACUGCCUGUUCAUUGACCUGACUGCUAAGGGGAAAUGGAUCCUUCCUAGAUUCUGCGUUUAAAGUUACUGGAACAGAACCGCGAAUCCACAAACUUCCGCCUCGGAGUUAACCUCAGGGCAACAGCUGACAAGGGGAGUUACUCGACUGUCAACGAUCACGUCUGCGCCCGUUUUCCCGGCGAAUGGGAAGGAAGGAGUGGACGCAAAUACGUUUCUCCUCCUAACCUGACGGAGUGGGAUUAACUCGAGCAGACCCACCCUCACUAACCCCAUGAGGAUCAGCGACUGAUGCACUCGCUGUCGGAACAAUGAUGCCUCCUUUGGAGGGAUUCACAAAGAAACGAGAUGUUGGAAUAUUUGUAUUCAUCCUCCCGAAGAAUCCGGUGAAGGGGGUGACAGUAAUGAAGGACAUCCUCGCUUUAAGCAUCAGCAUUAAGAAGAUACAGUAAUUUUCAGUACAAUGUGGGGGAGGCUCAGAACUAAGCUGCAAAGAUAAUGGGCCAACAUUGAAGAAAUCGAAUACUGCCAGAUGGAACAGACUUGAGCCGUAAAUAAUUUUCUUUCUAAUCGUCCCUGGUCACCGAACUCCUACUGUCCUUGGGGAGUUUUGACCGACUCAUUUUGCUGUAGAAAGCAUUUUCGUGCCAACUGAUUUUGAGGGCCUGCCACAUUUUGUUCCUGUUCUGAGGCACCAACUUAGGCUCGGUCAUGCCACAGCCCAAUGUUAGUGGGAUGGAACCUGCCUUCGGAGAUGCUUUUCGAAGUUGCUGCUUCUACUCAUCCUUGGACCAGACUGUUGCUAGCCCAGACAGCAGUCCGAAUUCUGGCUUCCUGUAUGAACAGGAACGUCAACUGGCUUAUACAAAUAGCUCCAGAAAUGAUCUGCUAAGUCUGAAUUUGUACAGGAGUCCUGUGAAAGAGAAUAUAGAGCUGUUGAGUGACCUGGUGGAUGAUGAACCAUCUGACAGCGACAGAUGUGAGCGAUGGGAUAUAUCAGCUUUAGAAGACUUUACCAAGUACACCAAAGCGGAUCUUUGGAAUGACAAGGAGUUGGACCUGUUGGGUUUGGACGAGCACACAAGUCCUUAUCAAAACGAAGCCGAGAUUUUGCGAACACCAACGUUAGCUGAGCUGAAUGCUGAUGACUCGCAGCUUGUUGCUGAUGCUUGGUGUCUUCUUCGACCUGUGAAGGAGGCUUCCCCGUUCUCUGGUAAACCUGACAGUGUUUGCAGAACUGCAGGAAACCCUAAAAAAGGCAGCUGCAUUGAUCCUUUAAUCGAUCCUGACUUCCAGGCAGAAAGCACUGCUUUUCUUCAGAAAGGGGAAGACCAGCAGAGCCAUUUGAGAAGCAGCAAGUCCUGUAUCAAAAAUCCUGAAAUACCAUUGAACUCUGGAAACAAUGACCUCAGUGACCAAACCAGCAACUCCACAACAUCUGUUGACUCUGCAUCAAACCCAGAGGAAGGAGCAAUUCAUAACAAAAUAGGAUCAAAUUCUUGGAAGCAUCAAAGACGAUUAGCGUCCACAGAAUUGGGGGACAUGGGUGCAGAGAAACCUGACUUCAAUAAGGGGGACGGUCUUGUCUGUACCCACCCAACUGCAUUCCCCAGCUGGUCUGCCCGACAGGCAAGUGGGGGACAAAGCCCUGAAGCUGGAAUUGAACUGAAGAGCCAGGAGCACAACUACUCCCUCUUCAGCGCUGAAGGCCUGGGAUUGCACGCCAGUGAAGAGAGGUUGGAGCCAGAGAAUGGCUCGGACAGUGAGCAGGAUGACAGCGAGAAUGAAGACGAUGAGGAGGAAGAUGAUGAUGAAGAUAAGGACGACUUCAGCGACUACCUUUCGGAGGCCGGAAAUGAGCACGAGACGUCGGCUGACGUCACAUCGGAGGUGGGCGGCAGGCGGCUGAAGCGGCGAUAUUUUUGGGAGUACAGUGACAGCCACACCACGCCCAGCAAACAAGAACGGACCCUGCAGCCUUCGGAGUGGGACUGCUCCACGUUACCGAGUAAUGUCUAUCAGAAGGAGAAUGGCGUCGGGCAAGGACGCAGAAUAGCAAAAAAAUCCCGGCGCACAGAUGUGGAUGACUUGACGCCUAACCCAAGAAAGUUACUGCACAUCGGAGAUGAACUGAAGAAGCUCAACAAGGUAAUUGAUGACCUGACACCAGUGAACGAGCUGCCAGUGAACGCCAGACCACGGUCCAGAAAGGAGAAAAAUAAACUGGCUUCUAGGGCCUGCAGACUAAAGAAGAAAGCCCAACAUGAGGCCAACAAAAUCAAGUUAUGGGGUCUCAACACCGAGCACGAUAACUUACUCAAAGUUAUUGUCGCAAUCAAGCGGCAGAUUAUGCAGCGAGUGGAGAGCAGUAAUCGAGCUGAAGAAGAGAGCAUGACCGAAAAACUGGAGAAACUGAUGAAAGACACAAUCGGCUGCUCGGUGGCAGGUCAAACGUCUGAGUUUGUGAAUGAGGUCCUGGAGAAGGUGUCCGCUGGAGAGUCUGCUGCAGGACUGAGCUGACCAUCGUGAGCAUCGUCCUCAAUUCGAAACCUCUCCUUAACAACAGGAUGUUCCUAAACAGGAGGGAAGGGAGAAUGCAAACAGAAAAGAAGUCACUAUUUCUGCAGCACCCUUACGCUACCUGUAAUCUUGGUUUUUUUUUUGGUGUUUGGCAGGGUGAAGGGAUUUGGGGCAGAGUUUUGACACUCUCUCCUGAAUCCCUGUCUUCGCCCACUUUGCCACUGCCCCCUGCGCUGGUCACCCAGUGCCCCUUGAUGUUGGCAUGCCUGGGAGAUAUGUUGUGUGCCAAUCUCUGUCCUCUGGGACUGAUCCCCCGGGCAAAAUUAUGGGGUGCUUAAGCUGAUGGCAAUAAGGGAUGCAAGGAAAUGAUGUCGAUUUUGGUAAGAAUAGCAGAUUGAGCUGCUUUAAUAUUCUUUUCGCCUUUCAACAAGUGAUUGAGGAAAGAGGGCACAGGGAGUUGGCUGUUUGUUUGCUGGGUCAGACUCGAGGGCGAUCUCAGUUGCGUCGGAAUGAUUCUGCUGGUGGGUGAACACGACUCUCUGAAAUGAUCCAGCCUACACUGAACUCCCACGACGUUAACAUCCUUUUUAUUGAAGGAGAACGUUUGAUUUCAGAGUAAGGGUAGUGUUUUAUAUGCCCUGGCACCCCAUCAACACACACCUCCCCCUCCCGCUAACACCAAAAAAAAACAUGGUCCUGGACCAUCAGGAGUGUAAUGGUGUUUCUGCGGGAAUAUUUCAGUGACCGUGAGAAAAGGCAGUGGGGUGAGGGGGGGAGGAGGUGGGUGGAGGUGUUAGGAUUUGGCGAAGGAAUGAUGGAAUUUUGGUUGCCUUGGUGACACAGUGAAAGCGGCGCUUGGUCAAGAAAGGUCCGGUGUUUUAUCAGAGAUGCAUUUGAAUGUAGAAUUUAUGACUUGACCAGACUUUAUUCAAUGGAUACUGUGAAUUGGGAAUUGGGUGGCUCCUUGUAGUUCCUGUGAUUUAAUGUUUUAUACAUAAUGAGCACUUUAACUUUACAGAUAGACACAAAAAGAGAAAUCACUUUUACAGGUGUUGGGUGACAGCUUUAUUUUUUUCUGGGGGGGGUGGGGGGAGGUUAGGGUUGGGACUAGGGAGAGAAUUUCUAAAUAAAGUUUAGCUACUGACAGUUAACAUAGUCCUAUCUGCGAGAGAUGGUGAGGAGCAGAGUUGGGGACGAGAAUGAGGUAUUCUUGAGGACAGUAAUGAAUGUGCAUCUUGCAACAAUAUUCUCCUUGACUUCCAAUUUCAUUUGUUGGCUUUGCUUUCUUACAAAAGACCCAAGAGUUGACUGACAUUGAUAUCAGGCUGGAGUGAGUUGUCCCACAUCAGAUCUGUUUUCACCGUUUUAGUUCCAUAUUUAAAUGGCCUCCCGUGCUUUGGAAUUGGUCCUAGGCUCCUGCUACGAUGGAAUUAGAACUCAACAAGUUUCAGAACUGGCUGUUUGUCCAUCAGGCACAAGGGAAGGAAAACAGACCUGGGUUAGAUAUCCCCAGUGGAGAAAUAACCCAUCCACUCACUAGGACCACACUCCCUCUUCAAUAAUAGCCAUUUAGACUUUGGGAGCUGAGAGAGCAACUGGUCUUUAUAAAUCCCACCCCAGCACUGAGCUGGGGCAGAGGAGAAGACUGAGGAAGGAAAAACAAAUCUGAAGGGGGUGCAAUUACUGUUAAAGCUGUUAUUCCAGAUGCUGGUGACAGACUGUGUAAAGGCCCCAGGGAGUGGGAAACUAUGUCUAGCCAGGGUAUCUUCAGCAAUGGCCCAAUGGAGGGGGACGUGCCUGUUGUGAACACAAUUACAGAGGUGAUUUUU